AUGUCCCUUUACUUGCUGGUACUGAUUUCAGACAGGGCGCAUACUUUGACGGCGAAAGAGCUAUACCAGGCGCAUCUAGCACCGAUUCUUGCAAAAGCGCAGUCAUCCCUCGAAACCCAGACGGAAGAAGUGCAGAAAAAGAAUACUGAGCUUGCAUCGAGGAUAGAGUCUCAAAGACAAGAGAUCCAGCAGCUUCUCGCUAGCCUCGAAGCCGUCGUCGGAGAUAUACAAGGCGCAGUAAAGUCGAUGGACGAGUUCGAUGAAGACAACAUCCUACGAAAAGAAGCAGAGCAAAUGGACGAAGAGAUACGGUCUUCGCAACCUUCGUGA